CAAAAACCAAAUUUUUGUCCUUUAUAUAUUCUACACAAAUCCUCCAAUUUUUUCUUAUCUAUCAAUCCCACCUCCACCCCAACCCCCACCCCACCCCUCUCCUUCUUCUAAAACUUCAAGAAGAAGAAAAAAGGGGUGUUUUUGGUGACUUUGGUCCUCAAAUAUAUUUAAAAAAAUGAACAAAAUGUUGUUUUUGGUGUAUUUAAUUAAUUUCUUGGGAAUUUUCAUGGCUUCAACAAUGGCAAAAGAUUCUAAUGAUCAAUUAAUGACCCUUUCAAAAUUAAAAAUGUUUGUUGAUGAACUCCAAGACAUGCCAAGAAUCAAAGGUUAUGAUGUUAUCAAUGGUGUUCAUGUUCCUAAAUCUCUCAAGAUUGGCAUGUACAACAAAAAAUGGAAAUUCCAUAGGGACCUUCCAGCAAGUCAAGUGUUUGCAUAUGGUACAUCGCGGCACACAGCAACAGUCCCUGGUCCUACAAUCGACGCCGUUCAUGGAGUUGACUCUUAUAUUACGUGGCAAAAUCACCUCCCUUCAAAGCACAUACUUCCAUGGGACCCAACAAUUCCAACUGCUACAACUUCUUUUAAAACAGGAAUUCCAACUGUGGUGCACCUACAUGGUGGAAUUGAUGAACCACAAAGUGAUGGUCACUCUGAGGCAUGGUUCACUAAAAAUUUCAAACAUCAUGGACCAAAAUGGACUAUAAAAAAGUAUCAUUAUCAUAAUUAUCAACAUCCCGGUACUAUGUGGUACCACGAUCACGCGAUGGGGUUGACUAGGAUCAACAUUCUAGCUGGUCUCAUGGGUGCCUAUGUUAUACAACAACCAAAUGUUGAGGGGCCAUUGGGAUUGAUAUAUGGUGAAGAGUAUGAUCGUCCGUUGGUUGUUUUUGAUCGUGGUUUUAGAUCAGAUGGUUCAAUUUACAUGAAUUCUACUGGUAACAAUCCUUCUAUACAUCCUCAGUGGCAACCUGAAUAUUUUGGUGAUGCGAUCAUAGUCAAUGGAAAAGCAUGGCCUUACAUGAAUGUGAAACGAAGGAAGUAUCGAUUUCGGAUCAUCAAUGCAAGUAACGCAAGGUUUUUCAAAUUUUUCUUCACAAAUAACAUGACGUUUGUACACGUGGCGUCUGAUUCAGCUUAUCAUGAAAGUCCGGUAGAGCUCCAUGACCUACUAUUAGCUCCAUCCGAAAUAGCUGAUGUGAUUGUUGACUUUUCAAAGUCAAAGUCAAACUCGGCGAUUUUAGCCAAUGAUGCUGCGUAUCCUUAUCCAUCUGGCGAUCCCGUCAACGAAGAGAAUAGUAACGUUAUGAAGUUCAUUAUCAACCCGAAUCACGAGGUUCAAACAGGGCAUAUUCCGCAGAAACUGAUAACAUAUACGCCUCCAGAGAUAUCACAGGCUUCGAAUACAAGGUACAUUGCUUUUUAUGAGUAUGCUAGUGAUAUCGAUGAGCCUACGCAUCUAUAUAUCAAUGGAAAAUCGUUUGAGGCGCCCGUGACUGAGAUGCCAAGGGUAGGGACUAGUGAGAUUUGGAACAUCAUUAAUCUAACUGAAGACAAUCAUCCAUUGCACAUACAUUUAGGUCUAUUUGUUGUGUUGGAACAAAUAGAAUUGGUGAAUAUUGAAGAGUUUAAAGCUUGUAUGAUGAAAUUGAAUGAUGCAAUUAAGUGCAAAAUUGACAAGUAUUCACAUGGGAAAAGGACUAGAGUGGUUCUUCAUGAGAAAGGGUGGAAAAAUGUGUACAAAAUGAUGCCUGGACAUGUUACAAAAAUAUUUGUGAAAUUUUCUUUCAUUCAUUCAAAUGAAUCAUAUUCAUUUGAUGCAACAGCAGAGCCUGGCUAUGUUUAUCAUUGCCAUAUUCUUGAUCAUGAAGAUAAUGUCAUGAUGAGGCCUCUAAAGUUUGUCAAUUGAUAGGAAAAAAAAAAGGUAGAAUGAUGAGAGAGGGGGGAAACUAAUUGCCUUUUUUUUUUCUUCUUAAUUGUGAUAAUUAUCAAAUAUAUUAGUGGGUGCAUAUAUUAAUGUAAUGUAAUUCAUAAAAUUUUAAGCAAUGAAAAUUGAACCCACUCUUAUUAUUGAUGAGUCUUUUCCUUAUUACAUAAUGAUUGUAGCUAGACUUCUGAAUAAAGACAUGUUUAGAACUUAAAUUUGAAAAAAAAAAAAAAACUUA